ACGAUUAUACAAUACUUACCUUAUGUAACAAGGUGGGAUUAUUUAGCUACUAUGUUUACAGAAGCAAUAACAGUAAAUGCACCAGAAUUCUUGGAGAAUAUUCAAAUACCACAAAGAGCCAGCUAUAUUAGGGUAAUUAUGUUAGAGUUAAGCCGUAUAGCUUCUCACUUGCUAUGGCUUGGACCUUUUAUGGCGGAUCUCGGCGCACAGACUCCUUUUUUCUACAUUUUUAGAGAGAGAGAAUUAAUAUAUGAUCUAUUUGAAGCUGCUACAGGUAUGCGAAUGAUGCACAAUUACUUCCGCAUCGGAGGAGUAGCCGCCGAUCUACCUUAUGGAUGGAUCGAUAAAUGUUUAGAUUUCUGUGAUUAUUUUUUACGCGGAGUUGUUGAAUAUCAACAACUUAUUACACAGAAUCCCAUUUUUUUAGAGCGAGUUGAAGGAGUAGGUUUUAUUAGCGGAGAAGAAGCAGUAAAUUGGGGCUUAUCGGGACCUAUGUUACGAGCUUCUGGAAUACAAUGGGAUCUUCGUAAAGUGGAUCCUUAUGAGUCUUACAACCAAUUUGAUUGGAAAGUCCAAUGGCAAAAAGAAGGCGAUUCAUUAGCUCGCUAUUUAGUACGAGUUGGUGAAAUGAGCGAAUCCAUCAAAAUAAUUCAACAAGCUAUAGAAAAAAUUCCUGGAGGACCUUAUGAGAAUUUAGAAGUCCGACGCUUUAAGAAAGAAAAGAAUUCUGAAUGGAAUGAUUUUGAGUAUAAAUUUCUUGGUAAAAAACCUUCCCCCAAUUUUGAAUUGUCAAGGCAAGAGCUUUAUGUAAGAGUGGAAGCCCCAAAAGGUGAAUUAGGGAUUUAUCUAGUAGGAGAUGAUAGCCUUUUUCCCUGGAGAUGGAAAAUCCGUCCACCCGGUUUUAUUAAUUUGCAAAUUCUUCCUCAACUAGUUAAAAAAAUGAAAUUGGCUGAUAUCAUGACGAUAUUAGGUAGUAUAGAUAUCAUUAUGGGGGAAGUUGAUCGUUGAAAUGAUAAUAGAUAGGGUAGAGGUAGAAACUAUCAAUUCUUUUUCGAAAUCGGAAUUAUUAAAAGAAGUCUAUGGACUGAUAUCGAUUCUACCCAUUUUGACCCUCCUUUUAGGAAUUACAAUAGAGGUACUCGUAAUUGUGUGGUUAGAAAGAGAAAUAUCUGCGUCGAUACAACAACGUAUUGGUCCUGAAUAUGCUGGCCCCCUGGGCCUGCUUCAAGCUAUAGCAGAUGGGACUAAACUACUUUUUAAAGAAGAUAUUCUGCCAUCGCGAGGAGAUAUUUCUUUAUUUAGCAUUGGACCUUCUAUAGCAGUCAUAUCAGUUUUAUUAAGUUUUUUAGUUAUCCCUUUGGGAUAUCAUUUUGUUUUAGCCGAUCUUAGUAUUGGUGUUUUUUUAUGGAUUGCCAUUUCAAGUAUAGCUCCUAUUGGUCUUCUUAUGGCAGGAUAUAGCUCAAAUAAUAAAUAUUCUUUUUCAGGCGGUCUACGAGCUGCUGCUCAAUCCAUUAGUUAUGAAAUACCAUUAACUUUUUGUGUGCUAGCAAUAUCUCUACGUGUGAUUCGUUAAAAUAGGAUCUUUUUCCUAUAAAAUCCAUUAACUAUUUAUAUUCCUUUUCUUAUUUAGUAUUUGGGUUGGUAAGUUAAACUAGAUAGCUAUAUGAGUGAAAUAAAACAGCUUCUAAAUUUGUAGUAAAAA